UUGUACUGCCUGUCGCUUGCCAGUGUGCUAGUCUUCCCUUCUUCUUCCAGAUUUGUGCAGCCCUCCUCCUGUUGCUCUUCUAGGGUUUGAAGUACAACAACCGCAAAGAUGUCAGAGAAAAAAAUGACAUCAAGCCGCAGGCAUCAUCUGAAGAGCUUGGUGCUCCAGAUUGCGUUGGAUCUGAUUGAGGUAGAGAGAAAGGAGAAUGAGCAGGUGAAAGCCAAUUUCAUGGCUGAGAUCCAAUCCCUGGAUUUGUCUGGUGAUGUAGCAACGCUGCAGGAUAUGAUUAAAAAGUUGUCGCAAACCAUCGAUAAGGUUGAUGAGGAAAGAUACGACGCUGAGGCGAAAGUGGUAAAGGCAGACAAAGAGAUUGAGGACCUGAAGAUGAAAGUGGUUGAAAUCCAAGGCAUGAAGAAGCCAGCUCUGAAGAAAGUUCGUAUGUCUGCUGAUGCUAUGUUGUCAGCUCUGCUGGGAACCAAACACAAGGCUACCAUGGAUUUCAGAGCCAACUUGAAAGAAGUGAAGAAGGAGGUCAAAGAGGAGGCUGCAGAUGUUGGUGACUGGCGCAAGAACAUUGAUGAACAGGCUGGUAUGGAUGGCAGGAAGAAAAAGUUCCAGGGUUAAAAGUUCCAUCUUUCGUUUGUCAAAUUGGGAUUCAGAGAUGGAUUUCUAUGACGUUGUCACUAAGCAUCCCUGCAGGAUAAGGAUCUUCGAUUCCAAAACCUAUUCCUUUUUCUACAGUUGAAGUUGAAAUAUUUGUAGAUUCCACAGACUCUUAACAUAACAAAGCUUUCCAUUUGCAACUGUAUGAUUCACUGGAAUUAAUAUAUUCACACACACCCCAACCCCUUUCCCAAAACAAAGACAUAAAUAAAAAAAUGCAAAACGUGAA